AUGCUCUCAACACUGUUAUCGGCCGGUCCGAUCUCUGCGAUCCUCGGCAACAACGUUAGUAGUAGCAGCAGCGCCAGACGAGCAUCUUCCGCCAACUCACAGUCGACCUCAUGCAAUUCUCGUGAAGUCAGUCCCUCGACCGCAUCAUCAGGAAGCCACUCGACCCAGCCUAUGACGAUUAUGACGACGACUGAACUCGCAGCUCAAUGGCUGCAAAGUCCGCUGUCCCCGACUGAACGUGACACGCCGGCACUACUCGAUCGUAAGUAUCUCAAGGCCCAUGUCCUCGCUAUCGCUAAUCUGAUUCCCAAGUCAGCUGCACCAGCAUACACUGCUGCCGAGCGCAAAGACUGGAGCACCAUCUCCAAUAACCUGUGCGCACUCAUCACAAAGCAACACAACGCUCUCCUACCAACCAAAGGUCUGUCCAGAGAUCUGAAGCUAAUGCUGGCCGAUGAUCUCGAGGUGUCCAGCUUCGCAGUCGAUGAAUCGGUGUUCUUCACCCUAUCCCACUCCCAUGGCGGUGACAAGAAUGGUCGAUCCGCUGACCUCGAUACACUUCUCUCAUAUGUGGUGUAUGCUGCAAGCCAGCUCUUCAUCGAGCGUGAAGGGACGAAGCUAGCGCUCUGCAAACAAAGACUUGCGAGGCGUGCAGCCCUGUAA